UCUAUUAUGACAUCAUAAUAUCCGUGAUACUAGUUUAUUGGCAAUCGAAAAUGAUUCGCAAACUUCUUCCAAAAGUGGUAAAAUAUGGGUUAGUCAGUGGAGUAGCAAUCGGUAGUACUGCGUAUGCUUUGAAUUGUGAUUACAAUAGUAAUGUGUUUGUGAGGAUUUCAAGGACAGCAGUGACGGCUAUAGAAAUCGGCAAAACCUAUAAUGAUAUGUUGUAUAGUAAAGAAUGGGAUAAGGAAUCGAAGGAAUACAAUCAAAUUAAAAGUGCAGCCCACCUUAUAUGCGCGGAGAAAUUGUUGGAGCUCUGCAAAGCUAACAAAGGUGCUUAUAUAAAGGUUGGGCAGCAUGUCGGGGCAUUAGAAUACUUAUUACCCACUGAAUAUGUCACCACUAUGCGUGUUCUGCAUAAAGAUGCGCCACAGAACACUGUGGAAGAACUGUAUAGAGUUAUUAAAGAAGACCUGAAUAAAGAUCCUGCCACUUUAUUUGACGAAUUUGAAGAGAAACCACUGGGAACGGCCUCACUAGCACAAGUACAUAAAGCGAAACUAAAAGACGGAACACCAGUCGCUGUCAAAGUUCAGCACCAUUUUGUGAAAAAGCAUAUUGAAGUAGACCUCAUAUGGAUGGAAUUUGUUUUGAGAAUGAUGAUGAAAGUAUUUCCAGAUUUUGAACUUGCUUGGCUGAUAGAUGAGACAAAGAGGAAUAUUACUAAUGAAUUGAACUUCUUACAAGAAGGGAGAAAUGCUGAGAAAGUUGCGGAAAUGUUUAGCCAUUACAAAUGGCUGAAGGUUCCAAAGAUAUAUUGGGACUUCAGCACUUCAAGGGUUUUGGUUAUGGAUUAUGUGGAAGGGGGCUAUGUCAAUGAUCUAAAAUAUAUUGAUAGUCACAAGAUAGACCGUGCAGAUUUGUGCCGGAAGCUCGGAGACCUGUACUCCCACAUGAUCUUCAUCAGUGGGUUCGUGCACAGUGACCCGCACCCUGGCAACAUUCUGCUGAGGAAAGAGCCUGGCGACAAGGAAACUACCAUGUAUCUGCUGGAUCAUGGUUUGUAUGCUAAUCUCACAGACAAGUUCCGGUACCACUACUCAAAGCUGUGGCUGGCCAUAAUACGCCGGGACCGCGAGGAAAUGCGUCUGCACUCCGAAGCCUUGGGGAUUCGCAGCCAGUUGUAUGGGCUGUUUGCGUGCAUCGUCACCGGCCGCCCGUGGGAGUCGAUCAUGAAAGGCAUCGAAAACACCAAGCCCUCUAACAGUGAGAAAACAGUAUUCCAAAACGAGCUACCCAACUUCGCGCACUACAUAACGCAGUGUUUGGAGCACGUCGACCGACAGGCUUUACUUGUACUCAAAACAAAUGACUUGAUCCGGAGCAUCGAGUAUGCGGUCGGUAUGCAGGAGCGCAUGUGCGGUUUCCUGGUUAUGACCAAAUGCUGUAUAGAGAGCGUCUACAACCUCGAAUACAAGAACGCCAAUUCAGCAUUGAGAAGGCAGUAUCUCAGUCUGAAAUUUAGGUGGUCAAUGUUGACUCUUUAUCUGUACUCCGUGUUUCUGUCUUUGAAAGAAAAGUUCACAAUACCCAGCGUGCGCGUUACAGUUCAAUCUACGGUCAACCAAACAUUCACACAAUAAACGGAGUAAAA